CCACAGGUCGUGUGAUAUGAAAUGGCUUCCUGAGGAGGAGGAGUGUGGAAUUAGCAGUCUGUUUUCCUCACGCUAUGGUCCUAGUAAAUAUCUUGUUGUGCAUGCCAAAAUAACAGGCAAUUUAAAAUACCGGCGCACUGAAGUAUUUAGUAAUGCUAGGAUUUGUUUAAAUUGUUUCGGGAUUUGUGGGUUGUAAAUUGUAUGAGGACUUUUUUUUUCGUGGAAAAAAUAGCAACAUUACAUUACAAUUUGCAUCUGCACGCUUUGAUAACAAAAGAGAGACGCGCUGUGGACGCAGGAAAACAAAAAGGAAAACGGGAUUUUCCGUCGUUUUUCAGAAAGUGGCAGAAGCGGAGGCAAUGGGGCUCGUUUUGGGGUAUUAAGAAUAGAAGAACUGUAAAGAAAUAUGAGCCUGCUGUUUAUUUUUGUACAGCUUUGCUCGCUGGAAGAGUUUGGAUGUUGCUGCAUAUGUUGAAUUUGAUCGAAUCUACAACAAGUGUUCCGUAUGUUUAUGUUUAUGUUACACUUUGCGCGUUCUUUACAAUAACGCAGAUCGAGAUGCGUGAAUAAACAAAAGAGGAAAAAACACUUUUCUCAAGGGAUUACUGUACACCACGGUUCAAACGCCUUGGGCUAUACACCUUUGUUUUCACACAGCGGCAAAGUAGGUUCUGAAGGGGAUUUACAACAGCGGUUGUUGUAUGUUUUAAAAAUCUAUACCGCCUCGACGUUUAACCAUUACUGUUGUUGGGACAUUUGGCAAGGAAACCAUGCGGGAUAACGAGGAUGGGGAAGGGUUUGAUGGCGAGGCCUCCAAUACUUCAAUGAUUUCUGGGGCUAGUAGCCCAUAUCAGCCGACUACGGAGCCGGUCAUUCAAAGACAUGGGCUGGGCGGGAUGAGGUGGGACACGGAGUACCUGAAGUCAAACUUUGGCAUCUUAAAAGUCCUGCAAGUGGUUUUGGCAUUGAUUGCCUUUAUUUGCAUAGAGACCGUCAUGGAGUGCUCUCCUUGUGGAGGGCUGUACUUCUUUGAGUUUGUCAGCUGUAGUGCCUUUGUCAUCACCGGAGUGUUACUGCUGGUCUUCAGUCUCAACCUGCACACUAAAGUACCCCAGAUCAACUGGAGCCUCACAGAUCUUCUGAACACUGGAGUCAGUACCACCUCCUUCUUCCUGGCGUCGAUAGUGCUGGCAGCUCUGAAUCACCGGAAAGGUGCUGAGAUCGCUGCAGUGGUAUUUGGUUUCCUGGUUACUGCAGUCUAUGCUUUCAACACCUUUCUGGCUGUGAAGAAAUGGCGGCAAAGCGACCAGCGACCGAGCACAGUGCAGACCAGCGACUACACGCGCGCCCGGACAGAGUCGCGAGGGGAAGUGGAACCCCAGCCAGAGAUCCAGCGUCUCGAGGCCUGAGGGUUAACAAUCGCCUUCAGCGCCUCACUCCAUAGUUCACUUUCGUAUCAGAUGCUAGAACUAAGCCACUCAGUUACCUGCCAAGAAGCAGAAGUUUCCAUUAUGGUCAAACAAAAUGAAAUGCAUGUUUGUUCCGAAGUAAAAACCCUAGAAAAUCAAUCCCAUUUCUUUUGUUUUUGCAUAGCAUUUGUUUCCCCUAAACACUGCUUGCUAUGUGCCUUUGCUGAGUCUGUUUUACAACUCAUGCUAUCAAGAAAGAACCUUAUAUGUUUAUGUUAUUAUAUAUUGGUUUUGUACAUAUGUUUUUUUAUGUGUUAUACCUAAGUUCAUGGUAGUUAAGGUUUUAAUGUAUUGUUGCCUGGAUAGUGCGAUCUGUCAAGGUCGACAGCCACUACAGGAUAGUGUUAGGCCCAUGCAGAGUGUCCUAAACAUGUUUUUAGUUAAGUAAUACAAAUUCUACAGAAGCUGCUGUAGUGACACAGAAAAUGAGGAGAAAUGUUGUAGUUGCAGUGAAAAUGCCCUGAAGGGACAGUACUUUAUUUCCUUAAUUUUGUAAUGAAUUUCUAAAUAUGAAGGACUGUUGGUUAGUGAGGAUUUUAUUAACUGAAAUUCAGGGUUGCAUUUGCUUUAUGGUAUUGCCUAUAGUGCAGUUAGGUAUAUAUUUUUUUAAAUCUGCAGUACUUUCCAGUGCACAUAAAACUCUGCUCCCAAUGUAACAGGUUUUGAGGCAUUAUGAAAAUGGCUUUCUUUGUGGGUUUUUUGUUUUUACAGAAUGGCGACAAUAGUGUUCCACCAGCUUUUACAUAGUGACUUUAUAUGAUGGCCUUUACAUUGGUUGUGCUAAUGAUUUUACACUUUUAACUUUUCUGGAUUUUGAGGGUUGUUUUGGAGGAUUUUUUUUUUUGUUUUGUUUAUGCCUUCCCCUACCAAUUAUAUCUGCAAACUGCAAAAAAUUGAUUUCUGACAACUCACUGUCACCAAAACCAUGUUGUAGAAAAUAUCUGUAAUGUGACUUGUGCUAGUGGCUGUAGUUGCUGGAGUGUGGUUGAAAAUGAGUCAGCUGUUCUUGUUUCCCAGUGAUACAGUGUGUGCUUUGAACACAAUGAUUAUUUGUAUAUAUUGAUUCUGUUAAGGCUGCAGGAACCUACAGUAAGUUAGUUGCAGUGACUAUGUAUUUAUUGGUCUGCGUAUUCUUAAUCAUUAAAAUUAUUUUAAUGCAAAAUUUGUUUUAAAGGAUUUCAAAAAUGUUUCUUGCUUCACCUAGGUUGCCUUGCAUUUUGGUUCUAAGCACUGCGGAUGUUGAAACCAAAUCCAGUUCGUGAAUCAAAGUAACCAUUUUUCUAGGUAUGUUUGCUAUAGCUCACUGUUUAAACACUAUCAUUUUUUUUUUUUUUUUUUUUUUUAAUCAUCAGCAUUUUAAAUAUAUUUAUUUCUUUGUUUUAAUUUUUAUUAUAGUGCUUUGAAUAUAAAACGGACCAACUUCUUUCAGAAGCAGCACUGUUUGUCUGUGCAGAGCAGUUAUAGUCUUCUUUCUGGUUAAUGUUGCUAAUAAAACAAAGGCAGGAAUUCUCAAAGCCAUUUACUCCAACCGUAUAUAUAUAUAUUUUUAAAAUAUUAUUAUCUGAGUUUUGUACAUACCCAGUCAGUUUUUCUUUUGUUGUUGAGAGGGGUUUACAUUAAUAUUAAGCAGUUAUAGUGCCAUUGGAAAACUAGAAUUAAGCAACUUUUUAGCACAUUGGAGCCCUUGAAUUAGUUGUUUAUUUUCAAGUUAAUUGGUGUUGUUUUUCCUCUGGACACUUUGGCUUUAAGAAUGUCUUCCUGUUGGCUAUAACAAGGGCUGUACAUGUUCACUAAUGCAUUACAUGUAUUAAUUAAGAAUGAAGGAUGCUUAAGUCACUUUGUUGUAUAAUCCAGAAUUAGUAUUGUUCAGUUCAUUUUAUUGAGGAUGUACUAGGUACACACAUGCACACACAGCUUGUAGUUCAUUGAACACUCUUGUAGGAUGUUGCAGCAGUCCAAUUGUGUUCUGAACAUAAUGAACGUAACCUGUUUUAAACUUGGUCAUUGUUGUUGCCUGAUUUUUAUUUAUUUAUUUUUUUCAACAGUGUACAGGCUAGUAGUUUAUAUUGGUGCAUUUAAGAUGCUAGUACCAAAGGUCUGGCAAAGACAUCUUUACUAGCUUAUUUGUACUAUGGUGGACAUGGGAACCAAACAAGACCUUGCUAUAGUGUCUGCUACCAAUUUAUGGAUAGGGCAGCUAUGUAGAAGAAAAUGUGAUUCAAUUCAUUACCACAAGGGGGAGGUGUUCAACAGUUGUCUGCAGAGUGUACUGUAUGUAAUUACAGGUAUUUAUCUAUAUAUGAAAGCAUAUGCAUUCUUGGCAUUUUUUUUCAUAAGACUAUUAAUUCUUGCAUUCAGUGUAACUUCAUUAUACCAUUUUUAGCCAGUUUUGUAUGAAUAAGCCUACAGUUUGGUAUAAAACAUGUAAAGAUUUAGAAAUAGUUAUUUAAAAGCUUUUUAGAAUUUUGAAAGGUUUACAUACAAAAACUAUCAUUGUGCCACCUCUUCCAUGUAAUUCUAUUAUUAUAAACAUUCUGACCCUGAUACUGCACCACACAUUACUGUGGCAGAGAAUUGUACAUUUCCACAGUGCUUCUUUGCAUUUUUGUUGAAGGUGUAGAGACAUGGAAGUAACAAUGAAGUGAGCCUUUAAGAACAUGUAGUUGGCUUGCCAAAUGGGUUGCUUUUCAUGUAUAUUUUUUAAAGUUCCAGUACAAUGUGGAAAUGUUUCCCUCUUUGAGAAUUUAAAUGGUACAGGUCUGACCCUUUUCUUUCUCUGAAACAGUGCUGAUGUCUGGAUUUUUGUGUUUAUAGAAGUUUUAAUGAUACUGAUCAGUGGCUACAUUUCCUUUGUUGUUUGUGAUGCAUCACUGUCUUUCAAUAAAUGUAUCCUUGUCCCA